CGCCACCUUCUUCUGCAACCGUAUGGUACCGCCUUGGCAACGCAAAGCGUCAUGUUGCCUAGCAAUGAAGCAGCGCUAGCGAGAAAGAUAUAGGAUGAAUCGCUCAAGUGAAGAUCCCCUGCAGUCUCUAGGAAGAAGUUCUUUCCAGAUACACAAUGGAAUUCCCCCGCAUCCUCCACCUCAUGCUCAGGGCUCUUCGGGGCAAUGCCUGCCUCCUCGGAAAUAUCCAGCUAUGAAACAAAGAGGCUUCUACUCUGAUAUCUUGACAAAUACUGCAUCAGCCCUGCUCCGGGAUGUGAAUGCAGGUCCUCGUGUGCAGCCAGACCUACUUAGACAAGCUGAUCAGGAACACAAUACACCAAAAGUUACAGGUUUUCAAAUGCCUUCAAGUUUCCGGUCAUACAUAGACAAGCAGGUUAUUGGUCCCACAACUGAAGUGCUUGUGAAAUCAGACUUUGCAAAAUGUGGAUAUGAGCCAAAAGUACAACUUCCCUUCCUGGUGGCACCAGGACAAUGCCCUCGUAAAAUUGAGUUGGAAAGGAGAAGACGAGAGUACAUGAAGUUGGACAUAAAUAAGCUUCUGAUCAAUAAAGGGAUAGAUUCUAAUCUACUUAUGCCUCGACAUACAGAUGCCAAGAAUUUGCCCUGCAUUGAGCUGAAAACUGGAUCACUUCUUCCCACAUACCUGCCUCUGGAGGUGUUUGAUGAUGAAGAAUACGAUGUGCGGACAUGGACUGAUUGGUUGAGUCUAGGAUAUGAAGAGGGAUCUACUGAGAGGAAGCCUGUUCCUGGCAAAGCACUGUUGCCUAUGGAUGAUGUACUUGGACAUGAUGAUCCAAAAAACCCAGAACUGGUCUAUGAAUGGUGCAAUGUUGGUGUCUUGGACUAUGAUCAAGAAAGAAAGCUGUACCUUGUCCAUAAGUCUACUAGUAAUGUACUCCUGAGUUCUGCAAACAUCAAGUCAUACCAGAGAAAUGGAUCUUCAGCAUCAACAGAAACGCUUAAUCUGUAUGAGUAUUCUGUGCCUCGCAUCAGGCUUCUGUUUUGUGCCGAGAACCCCCGCGUAUUUGCCAAAAGAAUUGUAGCUGCCAACAAACUGCGAAAGAAUACAGAAGCCUUGCUGUUGUACAACUUGUACAUAGACUGCAUGCCUGGGAAUGGGAGGUGUGUAAUUCCAGCAGACAGCCUUAACAGAAUGAAGCAAUGGCUGCUAAGCACAUCACAUUUGAAACAGGAUGAUGGUGUGCUCCACCAACUGAAGAUUUUGGAAAAGGAGAUCAGUAUGGAAUAUGAACGCACCAUGAAUAAACUAAUCUUUGACCAACUUGUGAUUUCCAACCCUCAAAAGUAUGCCUAUGUUACUCUCCCAGACAGAGUAGAGGUUAUCCCAAUGCAAGGACUUGUUAAUGUCCCAGAGUAUAACUACGCAAAAAGCCGAGCAGCCUUUACAUUUAAAACUCUCCUGACAUUGCCAGAGGUAAUCGCCUCCCUCUGCAAAGUACGUGUAGAAUGCAGCAAAGUUUCUUCCAUGACUUUAUUUCACUCAUCAAUGACUAAAUGUGUCCGACUGGAGGAGUUUGAACAAACUCAGUCACAGACCUUCUCACAGGUUCAGUUGUUCCUCAAGGACAGCUGGGUGAGUACUUUGAAGAAUGUUCUACGCAGUAGCUUGAGAGAUGUAGGGAAAGGUUGGUAUGACUUACAUGAGUGUAACUGGGAAGUAUAUCAGAUGUCUAAACUACGCCAACUGAUGGAACUCAUCAAGUUUAACCUGCAGGACUCUUUGCGCUUCCUUGUACAAGACUCCCUUGUGAGCUUCACGCAGCUCAUAAUGGAUGCCUGUUGCGGCGUCUUGUCAUGUACUGAAGAUAUGAACUGGGGAGGGGACCUUGUCAACAGCCCAUACAAACCUCGUAAAAAUCCAAUAUUUUUAUUGGAUUUAGUACUGGACAACUCGGGGGUUCAUUUCAGUACACCCCUGGAAAACUUUGAGUUAACCCUAAUGAGCUUGUUUGAUAAAGGAAUACUAGCAACCCACAGUGUGCCCCAACUAGAAAAGUUUGUGCUUGAAGACCUUUUUAUCAGUGGCACCCCAUUGCUGGAGUCUGUUGGUUUACAUGAACCCCCAGUGGAAGAACUGCGUAAGGACAUUUGCACAGCAAUAUGUAAAGCUCUUAUUCCCUUGAGAUCUUAUGCGAAGCAAUAUGAGAAGUACUUAGAACUGAAUAAUACUGAUUUGGAAACCUAUAUAAAAGAUUUUCAGUCCAAGAAUUCCUCAGCUUUAGAGAUUAAAUUAGCUGUUCAGGAGAAUCUUCUUGAAAAAGAGCGUCUAGACAAUGCUCUUCCCAGCUCUAUAAUUGUUGGGCCAUUUCAAAUCAAUAUUGAAGGACUAAAGCAAAAUUUAUCCCGCAAGCGUCGAAAUCUGUCUAAUGCCCUACUGGAGCUACUUGCUAAGAGUUUACGGAAGGAAAUGGAUGACAUCUCUGAUCAAUUCCGAGCCAUCAGCCGCAGUUUGUAUGAGAAGCCAAACAGUGUCGAGGAGCUGACAGAACUGAGGGAGUGGAUGAAAGGAGUACCAGAAAAGCUGAAAACAUUGGAGGAACAGAUAACAAAGGUAACUUCAGAUUACGAUGUUAUAGAUGAGUUCUUGUACAGCUUAUCCCAAGAAGAUUUCUCAGCAAAGUGGAAUGUCAUUGGCUGGCCAAACAAAGUCAUAGUGCUCAUGGAUUCUAUUUGUGAGCAACACAUGGAGGAUGAAGAAAAGUUCCGCAAAAUCCAGGUUAUGGAUCAGACCAAUUUCUUGGAGCGUCUGGAUUCCCUGCAGAUGGUUGUUGCUGGAUUUUCCACUCACGUCGAUAUUACAAGAGCUCAUGAAAUUGCUAAUGAAGUCAGGAGAGUCCAGAAACAACUAAAGGAGUCACAGCAGAUGGCCCAGCUCUACAACAACAGGGAAAGGCUCUUUGGACUUCCUGUUACAAAUUAUGAUAAGUUGGUGAGGAUGGUGAAAGACUUUCAGCCCUUCCGGGAUCUGUGGACCACUGCAUCAGAUUGGAUGCGCUGGAAUGAGAGUUGGAUGAAUGACCCUCUCACUACCAUUGAUGCUGAACAACUGGAAAAGAAUGUUACAGAAUCCUACAAGGUCAUGCACAAGUGCAUUAAACAGUUUCGGGAUAUUCCAGCCUGCCAAGAAGUGGCUCAGGAUAUAAAGGGGCGUAUUGAAGAGUUCAGGCCCUACAUUCCAUUAAUUCAAGGCUUGCGUAAUCCUGGUAUGAGAAACAGGCACUGGGAACUGCUUUCUGAACAAAUACAGAUCAGUGUCAAACCCAAGGCAAAUCUGACCUUCACCCGAUGCCUGGAGAUGAAUUUACAGGAUCACAUAGAUAGCAUUGCCAAAGUGGCAGAAAUAGCUGGCAAGGAGUUUGCCAUAGAGCAGGCUCUAGACAAGAUGGAGAAUGAAUGGGCAUCUGUGUUGUUUACAAUAUUGCCGUAUAAAGAAACAGGAACCUUUAUACUAAAGAGUCCAGAGGAGGCCUCUCAGUUGCUGGAUGAUCACAUUGUAAUGACACAGAGCAUGUCUUUCUCCCCUUUCAAAAAACCUUUUGAGGAAAGGAUCAGUACGUGGGAGGGAAAGCUUCGCUUAACACAGGAUGUGCUGGAGGAAUGGCUGAUUUGUCAGCGAUCCUGGUUGUAUUUAGAACCAAUCUUUAGCUCAGAAGAUAUUAACAGACAGCUGCCUGUAGAGGGCAAACGCUAUCAGACCAUGGAGAGGACUUGGAGAAAGAUCAUGAAGAAUGCAGAGGAAAAUAAGCAGGUUAUAUCCUUGUGUCCGGAGCCUCGCCUUUUGGAGAGUCUGCGAGAAUGUAACAAAUUGCUGGAAUUGGUACAAAAAGGUCUUAGUGAAUAUCUGGAAACCAAGAGAGCUGCUUUUCCCAGGUUUUACUUUCUUUCUGAUGAUGAGCUUUUGGAGAUUUUAUCCCAGACAAAGGACCCUACAGCUGUUCAGCCACACCUGCGCAAGUGUUUUGAGAAUGUUGCACGUCUGCUCUUCCAACCUGAUCUUCAGAUCACCCACAUGUAUUCAGCUGAAGGAGAGGAAGUUAAGUUAUGCAGAGCAAUCUACCCAACAGGAAAUGUAGAGGAUUGGCUGAUGGAAGUGGAAAAGGUUAUGAAAGCCAGUGUGCGUGAAUAUAUAGAGCGAUCUAUCAAGGCUUACCCUGAGACACCACGAACAGAGUGGGUGCUUAAUUGGCCAGGCCAAGUUACUAUAGCUGGAUGCCAAACAUUCUGGACCAAAGAUGUUUCUGAAGCACUAGAAGCUGGAGAUCUAUCCAACAGACUUUUCCCACAGCUUGAAGCUCAGCUGAGUGGACUUGUGGCUUUGGUGAGGGGAAAGCUGUCCCGGAUGCAAAGGUCUAUUCUCUCUGCUCUAAUAGUCAUUGAGGUUCAUGCUAAAGAUGUUGCUGCUCGACUUAUAGAAGAAAAUGUCAGCAGUGUCAAUGACUUUGAGUGGAUCUCCCAACUCAGAUAUUAUUGGGCUAGGGAUGAUCUGUAUGUGAGAGCUGUAAAUGCAGAGUUUCUCUAUGGAUAUGAAUACCUUGGAAACACUGGACGCUUGGUAAUAACCCCAUUAACAGACAGAUGCUAUUUGACGCUUACUGGAGCUCUGCAUCUGAAAUUUGGAGGUGCUCCAGCUGGUCCAGCUGGCACAGGAAAAACCGAAACCACCAAAGAUCUAGGAAAAGCUCUGGCAAUCCAAACAGUGGUGUUUAACUGCUCUGAUCAGUUGGAUUUCAUGGCCAUGGGCAAGUUCUUUAAAGGCUUAGCCAGUUCUGGAGCCUGGGCUUGUUUUGAUGAAUUCAAUCGCAUUGACAUUGAAGUGCUAUCUGUGGUGGCCCAGCAAAUCACUACUAUACAGAAGGCACAGCAGCAAAGAUUGGAGCGGUUUAUGUUUGAAGGAGUGGAGAUCCCAUUGGUUUCAACGUGUGCAGUCUUUAUUACAAUGAAUCCUGGCUAUGCUGGUCGGACUGAAUUGCCUGAUAAUCUGAAGGCACUUUUCCGUCCUGUAGCGAUGAUGGUGCCUGAUUAUGCCAUGAUUGCUGAGAUCUCCCUCUAUUCCUUUGGCUUUAAUAAUGCCAAGAUACUGGCAAAAAAGAUUACCACCACCUUUAAGCUCUCAUCUGAACAAUUGAGCUCCCAGGAUCACUAUGAUUUUGGAAUGAGAGCUGUCAAAACUGUGAUUUCUGCUGCAGGCAAUUUAAAGAGAGAAAAUCCAACUAUGAAUGAGGAGCUGAUUUGUCUGAGGGCUAUUCGUGAUGUCAAUGUACCUAAGUUUCUGCAAGAUGACCUAAAGUUGUUUAGUGGCAUUGUGUCUGACCUGUUCCCACGAAUUGAGGAGGAGCCAAUUGAUUAUGGCACCCUGGAGGAAGCAAUUAGAACGACAUGUAUACAGAAAAAUUUGAAGGAUGUGGAUGGAUUUGUGACAAAGUGCAUCCAGCUUUAUGAGACCACUGUAGUAAGGCACGGUUUAAUGCUUGUAGGGCCCACCGGAUCUGGAAAGACUCAGUGUUACAAGGUAUUGGCUGCUGCCCUGACAUCACUCAAGGGGCUCCCAUCAGUCAGCGGUGGUACCUAUGAGACUGUGCAUUAUUAUAUCCUAAAUCCCAAGUCCAUAACUAUGGGUCAGCUCUAUGGAGAAUUCGACCUCUUGACGCACGAAUGGACUGAUGGAAUCCUUUCCUCUCUAAUCAGAGGUGGAGCUACUUCCACUGAUCCAGAUAAGAGAUGGUACAUGUUUGAUGGGCCAGUAGAUGCAGUUUGGAUUGAAAAUAUGAACACAGUAUUAGAUGACAACAAAAAACUCUGUUUGAGCUCUGGAGAGAUAAUUAAACUUACAGAGGCAAUGACAAUGAUGUUUGAAGUACAAGACCUGGCAGUAGCCUCACCGGCUACUGUUUCUCGCUGUGGGAUGGUGUAUUUGGAGCCCAGUAUUCUAGGACUGACACCCUUUACUGAGUGCUGGCUUCGCUGUAUGCCGGAUGUCAUCAAACCCUUUAGAGAGAAACUGGAGUCUCUUUUCUCACGCUUCUUGCAGGACUCUAUCACCUUCGUGAGGCGCUCAGUGAAGGAAAUUAUUGCUUCAACUGACAGCAACCUGACUAUGAGUCUGCUUAAGUUACUGGAUUGCUUCUUCCAACCUUUUAUUCCACAAGAGGGGCAAAAGAAGUUUCCACAGGAGAAGUUGAGACGCAUAGAGGAACUGAUAGAAUCAUGGUUCUUUUUCUCUCUCAUUUGGAGUGUUGGGAUUACUGGGGAUUCACAGGGCCGUGUCCUGUUUAGCACAUGGCUGAGAGAUAAAAUGAUGUCUGAAAAGAUAGCAAUGCUCUUCCCAGAGCAAGGGCUAGUACAUGACUAUAUGCUGGAUGACGCAGGAAUAAGCAGUGCUUCUGAAGAGGAUGAAGAGGAUGUACAGAAGCCGGUGCGGUGGGUCAACUGGAUGGAUUCAGCGGGGAGCUUCUCCAUUGCCCCAGAUACCAGUUAUGCAGAUAUAAUUGUUCCAACGUUGGAUACAAUCCGCAUGUCCCAUCUACUGGGGAUGCUUCUCACCAACAAGAAACCCGUUCUCUGUGUGGGCCCCACUGGAACAGGAAAGACAUUAACUUUAACUGAUAAACUGCUCAAGAACUUCCCUGUGGAAUAUAUCAGUCAUUUUCUCAUGUUCUCAGCACGGACCUCAGCCAAUCAGACACAAGAUCUUAUAGACAGCAAACUGGAUAAAAGGAGAAAGGGGGUGUUUGGACCUCCUCUUGGCCGUUACUUUAUCUUCUUUAUCGAUGACCUAAACAUGCCCUCUCUAGAGACGUAUGGCGCUCAGCCACCAAUUGAACUUUUGCGGCAGUGGAUGGACCAUGGAGGAUGGUAUGACCGCAAACAGAUAGGGGUCUUCAAACAGUUAGUAGAUAUUAACUUCCUGUGUGCAUUGGGACCCCCUGGAGGGGGAAGGAAUCCUGUGUCCCAAAGGCUUACUCGGCACUUUAACUAUUUAUCUUUCACCGAGCUGGAAGACAGCAGCAAGAGUCGGAUUUUCUCUAGUAUUCUUGGCAGCUGGCUUGCAGGGGCUUCAGCCGUGCAGAAUUUGACAGAGCAACUUGUGAGUGCAACCAUUAAGGUUUAUAACACAAUCACAUCUCAGCUUCUUCCAACUCCAGCCAAGUCACAUUACACUUUCAACCUCCGGGACCUGUCAAAGGUUUUCCAGGGAAUGCUCAUGGCAGAUGCAUCCAAAAUGGAGGACAAAUACCAGCUCUUAAAACUGUGGUACCAUGAAUCCUGUCGGGUAUUCCAGGACAGGCUUGUGAAUGGGGAAGAUAGAAGUUGGUUUGAUGAGCUUUUGAAAGGCAGAAUGGAAGAGUUCGGUGCAAGCUUUCAGGAAGUUGUUCCACAACAGCCAGUUAUGUUUGGUGACUUCAUGAGUCCUGGGUCUGAUGCCAAGGCUUAUAAGCUCAUUGAGGAUCGGGAAAAGCUUCAUCGAGUGAUUGAAGAGUACAUGGAAGAUUACAACCAGAUAAACACUGCCAAGAUGAAGCUGGUUCUCUUUCUGGAUGCCAUUCAGCACAUUUGUAGAAUCAGCCGUGUCUUGCGCCAACCACUAGGAAAUGCACUUCUGCUUGGCGUGGGAGGUAGUGGGAGACAGUCCCUCACCAGACUGGCAAGUCACAUGGCACAAUAUGAAUGUUUCCAGAUUGAACUUUCUAAAAACUAUGGAAGAUCUGAGUGGAGGGAAGAUAUAAAAGGGAUCCUGUUGAAGGCUGGUCUCCAGAACACACCCAUUACCUUUCUCUUUACAGAUACCCAGAUUAAGGAUGAAUCAUUCCUUGAAGACAUAAACAACAUUCUUAACUCAGGAGAUGUUCCCAACCUGUAUGGGCCAGAUGAGCUGGACCAGAUUGUCACUGUCAUGAAGCCUGUUGUGCAAGACAUGGGACAGCAGCCAACCAAAGCCAACCUAAUGGCUGCAUACACCCGCAGAGUGAGGGGUAACAUCCAUACUGUGUUGUGUAUGAGCCCAAUUGGGGAAGUAUUCCGGUCUCGCCUCAGACAGUUCCCCUCUCUGGUCACCUGCUGCACAAUUGACUGGUUUGAUGAGUGGCCAGCAGAAGCCUUGCAGUCAGUGGCCUCCUCAUUCCUCAAUGAAAUUCCAGAGCUGCAAUCCAGGGAAGACAUUAUCCCAGGAAUGAUCCAGAUGUGUGUUGAUAUCCACCAGUCAGUGGGUGUGAAGUCCAAGCAAUACUUGGCAGAGCUUUCCCGGCAUAACUAUAUCACGCCGAAGAGUUAUCUUGAGCUGCUUGGCAUCUUCUCAAAACUAAUUGGCAAGAAAUUAAUGGAGAUAAAAACUGCGAAAGAUAGAAUGAAAAGUGGCCUGGACAAGCUCCUUACCACAGCUGAGGAUGUUGCAAAGAUGCAGGAAGAGCUAGAGGUGAUGCGCCCUCUAUUGGAAGAAGCAGCACAGGACACAGUGACUACAAUGCAAAAGAUUCAGGAAGAUACGGUGAUAGCUGAGGCCACUCGAGGCUCAGUUCAGGUAGAGGAGGCUAAAGCUACAGAAAAAGCUCAGACAGCACAGGCAAUUGCAGAUGAUGCUCAAAAAGAUCUGGAUGAAGCAUUGCCUGCACUGGACGCUGCUCUUGCCAGUCUGAAAUCUCUCAAUAAGAAUGAUGUCACUGAGGUGAGAGCCAUGCAGCGCCCCCCGGUUGGAGUGAAACUGGUUAUUGAAGCAGUCUGCAUUAUGAAAGGUAUAAAGCCAAAGAAAGUGGCAGGUGACAAGCCAGGAAGCAAGAUAGAUGACUACUGGGAACCUGGAAAGGGACUACUACAAGACCCUGGAAAAUUCUUGGAGGGACUCUUUAAGUUUGAUAAGGAUAAUAUUCCUGAUGCUGUCAUUAAAGCCAUCCAGCCAUACAUUGACAAUGAGGAGUUUCAGCCAGCAGCUAUAGCCCGUGUUUCCAAAGCCUGUACCUCUAUUUGUCAGUGGGUGCGUGCCAUGCACAUGUAUCACUUUGUUGCUCGAGGUGUAGAACCUAAAAGGCAAGCCCUAAGAGAAGCACAAGAGGACCUGGCAGUAACACAGAAAAUUUUAGAUGCUGCAAAAGCACGUCUUAGAGAUGUAGAGGAUGGAAUUGCCACCUUGCAAGCCAAAUACAGAGACUGUGUAUCAAAAAAAGAAGAGCUAGAGCAGAAAUGCGAGCAGUGCGAGCAAAAGUUAGGUCGUGCUGACAAGCUCAUAACUGGUUUAUCUGACGAGCGCCAGCGCUGGCAAGAUACAGUUCUAAGUCUGGAAAACCUGCUAGUUAAUGUAACCGGAGACCUGCUACUGUGCGCAGGCUUCUUGGCCUAUCUUGGACCCUUCACGGGUCCCUAUCGGAUUUCUCUCUUUAACCAGUGGACUAAGAGGCUAAACGAGCUAAAAGUUCCCUGCUCACAGGAGCCAUCCCUUAUAGGAACACUGGGUGACCCUGUUAAAAUCCGUUCCUGGCAGAUUGCAGGGCUUCCAAAUGAUACAUUAUCAGUGGAGAAUGGAGUCAUUACACAAUAUUCGCAAUGCUGGUCUCACUGCAUUGAUCCUCAGGGACAAGCUAAUAGAUGGAUCAAAAACAUGGAGAAGGACAAUGGUCUGGAGGUAGCGAAGCUCAGCGAUCGCGACUUUCUAAGAUGCUUGGAAAACGCAAUCCGUUUUGGGAAGCCCUUUAUGCUGGAGAAUGUCGGAGAGGAGCUGGAUCCUGCUUUGGAGCCUGUGUUGCUCAAACAAACAUACAAGCAACAGGGAAGCACAGUGCUACGCUUAGGAGAUGCUGUGAUUCCAUAUCAUGAUGACUUUAGAAUGUACAUCACAACCAAGCUCCCUAACCCUCAUUAUCCACCUGAAAUAUGCACUAAGGUUACACUCAUCAAUUUCACUUUGUCUCCAAGUGGCCUUGAGGACCAACUCCUUGGGCAGGUGGUAGCUGAGGAGCGCCCAGACUUGGAAGAAGCUAAAAAUCAGCUAAUCCUGUCAAAUGCCAAAAUGAGACAAGAGUUAAAAGAUAUUGAGGAUCAGAUUCUGCUGCGUCUCAGCACCUCUCAGGGGAAUCCUGUGGAUGACGUGGAUCUUAUCAAGGUCUUAGAAGCCUCCAAGCAGAAGGCUGGGGAGAUUAAGGUCAAGGUGCAGGUGGCCGAGCAAACUGAGCGGGAUAUAGACAUUACAAGGCGUCAGUAUGUUCCUGUUGCUGUAAGAACACAGAUACUUUUCUUCUGUGUAUCAGAUCUGUCAAAUGUUGAUCCUAUGUAUCAGUAUUCACUGGAGUGGUUUCUGGGCAUCUUCAUAGCAGCUAUUGCCAACUCUGAGAGAGCAGAAACCGUGGAGAAACGUAUUGUGAAUAUAAAUACAUAUUUCACCUUCAGCCUGUUCUGUAAUGUAUGUCGAAGUCUCUUUGAGAAGCACAAGCUCAUGUUCUCCUUCCUGCUCUGUGUGCGAAUUCUUAUGAACCAAGGCCUUAUCCACAUGGAAGAAUGGCGCUUCUUGCUUUCAGGUGGCACGGCCACCAGUCUGGUAGAAAAUCCAUUUCAAGAGUGGCUGACAGAGCGGGCAUGGAGGGAUAUCCAGGCUCUGAGUGCCCUUAGCAACUUCAGUAAAGUCACAGAGGAACUGACACACUAUGCUGAGGAAUACAGGAGGAUCUGUGAUAGCCCUGAGCCCCAUCGGGAACAGCUUCCUGGUGAAUGGGGACAGUCUUUGGAUUCCUUCCAGAAAAUCCUUAUUCUGAGAUGUCUGAGAGGGGACAAGGUGACAAAUGCAAUGCAGGACUUUGUCUGCCAGCACCUAGGACAGCGCUUUAUAGAGCCACAGACAGCUGACCUCGGGGCUGUAUACAAAGAAUCCUCUCCUGUUACCCCACUCAUUUUCAUCCUCUCCCCUGGAACCGAUCCAGCAGCAGAUCUCUACAAGUUUGCAGAAGAAAUGAAGUUCUCAAAGAAACUAAGUGCCAUCUCUCUGGGUCAAGGGCAGGGGCCACGUGCAGAGGCCAUGAUGCGCAGCUCAAUGGAAAGAGGGAAAUGGGUUUUCUUCCAGAAUUGCCACCUUGCACCUAGCUGGAUGCCGUCACUAGAGAGGUUAAUUGAAACAAUUGAUCCAGACAAGGUACACCGGGAUUUCCGGGUUUGGUUGACCAGCAUGCCUAGUAACCAGUUUCCAGUAUCCAUCUUGCAGAAUGGCUCCAAGCUUACCAUUGAGCCUCCGCGGGGAGUGAAAGCCAAUUUAUUACGUACCUACUUGAGUUUAAGUGACGCAGAGCUGCAGGACUGCAGUAAGGCCUCUCAGUUUAAGGCUCUCCUGCUCUCACUCUCUUUGUUCCACGGAAGCACUCUGGAAAGACGAAAGUUUGGGCCUUUAGGGUUCAACAUCCCAUAUGAAUUCACAGAUGGAGAUCUGAGGAUCUGCAUCUCUCAGCUUCGGAUGUUCCUUGAGGAGUACUCAGACAUUCCUUACAAGGUUCUACGUUACACAGCAGGAGAGAUCAAUUAUGGGGGUCGUGUUACAGAUGACUGGGACCGGCGUUGCCUACUGAGCAUCCUGCAGGAUUUCUACCAGCCACCAGUUUUAAUAGAAGGCCACAAUUUCUCAGAGUCUGGAACAUAUCAUCAGAUCAGUCCAACCUACGACCUUAAUGGUUACCUUCAGUACAUUCGCUCCCUUCCUCUCAACGAUCUGACUGAGCUAUUUGGGCUUCAUGAAAAUGCAAACAUCACAUUUGCACAGAAUGAAAGCUUUGCUCUGCUGGGAUCUCUUGUUACUUUACAACCAAGAGCACAGAGCAGUGGAGGAAGCCGUGAUGAGAUGGUGGAAGAAAUAGCUGAAAACAUACUGAAGAAAGUUCCGCCAAUGAUACCUGUACAGGAAGUGAUGUCAAAGUACCCAGUCAUGUACCAGGAAUCAAUGAAUACUGUUCUGGUGCAGGAGGUUAUACGGUACAACCGCCUUCUUAGUGUCCUUUCACAGACUUUACAUGAUUUGCUGAAGGCUAUGAAAGGUCAGGUUGUAAUGUCAUCUCAGCUGGAGCUGAUGGCAAACAGUCUGUAUAAUAAUUCUGUGCCAGAGAUGUGGAGAGCAAAGGCAUAUCCUUCUCUCAAACCCCUUGCCUCCUGGGUAUUAGAUCUUCUUCAGCGAAUUCAGUUCCUCCAGAAAUGGAUCUCUGAUGGAAUUCCUGCUGCUUUCUGGAUUAGUGGACUGUUCUUCCCACAGGCAUUCCUGACUGGCACAUUACAAAAUUAUGCCAGGAAGCAUGUCAUUUCCAUUGAUACCAUCUCUUUUGACUUUAAGGUUCUCAGGGAGUCUGUUUCAGAAUUAACUCAACGCCCUUCAGAGGGCUGUUACAUUUAUGGCUUGUUCCUGGAAGGGGCACGAUGGGACAAAACAACCUCGAUGCUGGCAGAAUCUCGACCAAAAGAGCUUUACACUGAGAUGGUGGUAAUCUGGCUGGUCCCAGUGCCUGAACGCAAACCAGCUACUUCUGGAACAUACUUCUGCCCCAUAUACAAAACUCUGACAAGAGCAGGAACUCUCUCCACAACUGGACAUUCUACCAACUACGUCAUCGCUGUAGAACUCCCCAGCAAUCAGCCACAGACUCAUUGGAUUAAGCGUGGAGUGGCGCUCAUUUGUGCUCUUGAUUAUUAAACAUUAUUACACAGUUUAUUUCUUACCAGUUACCCAUAAAAAUACAGAUCUAUAGAACUAUACAGAACACAAUCAACUUCUACAUUGCUUUUUUUAAUGGUUCAAAUUAACUUGCUAAUAUACAUUCCAUUAAGCCAAUAAAACAUGACUGGUACCUUUAAAUAUCUUACCGAUGUAAGUGUGACUUCUAAUGUCACACUCACAUAGUCCCAAUAGUUCUUUCAGUUGUGAUAAUACAUGGUUAAGUUACGUUAAAGAGACACAAAUGUUUAGGUCUAUUAUUUAAACUUAAACUGCCUAACUGCUAGUUGAUCCAGAGGACAACAAAAACCCCUUUCCGAAGCCUCAAAUAGGAAACAAUUCCUUCCUGGUGCCAAGAUAACAAAUGGACCAGUCCCUGGAUCAACUUGUACCAAGAGUUAUUUCCAAUAACCCUGUAUUCACUUGCUAAAAAGCUAUCCAAUCCGUUCUUGAAACCAUCUUAUGUACAGUUAGGUCCAUAAAUCUUUAUAAUUUUGGUUCUGUACAUUAGCACAAUGAAUUUUAAAUGAAACCACUCAGAUGCAGUUGAACUGCAGACUUUCAGCUUUAAUU